CCUCUUACUCUUUUCUGUGCUAAACAAUCACCUUUACCUUUAUACCACCAACAGCCUGUUCUCCUUUAAUACUUUAUUUUUAUCUUCCUCAUACUCAUACUAAUUUGUACUUUUCGCCAGUUCUGUUGACACUUUUUUAACUCAUUCAUUUUCUCUUGACAAUUUAGCGAGGCGGAUCUCGACAGCCUACAUACGCACGCUUUCCGCAAAUUCUACCCCCUCACAGAACACACACAUACAACCAGAUAAUGGAGGAGACAGACAUCACGCAGAACGUGUACGUGGCCGUGUACUCGGGCAUACAAGUGUACGAAAUGAUAUGCCGGGGCAUUGCAGUGAUGAGGCGGCAUUCAGACUCGUGGCUAAAUGCAACACAAAUCCUAAAGGUCGCCGGUGUAGAAAAGGGGCGGCGCACAAAGAUACUCGAGCGCGAGGUGCUGACGGGCGAGCACGAAAAGAUUCAGGGCGGCUAUGGAAAGUACCAAGGUACAUGGGUGCCCUUUACGCGCGGUGUCCAGCUGUGCAACCAGUAUAACGUGUAUUCUCACAUCCGUCCGAUUUUGGAACACGAUCCGACAGCCAAUGGGACGAAGCAGGACGAUACACCGACAAAGGCCGAGGUACGGCGACAGAUGAAGAGCACGCAAAAGGCGUCGCUCAAAAGAGAGAAGGUUGGGUUGAAGGAUGCAACGAGCGCGAAGCGGUUCCGGCCAAACUCGAGUGCAGCGACGUCGCCACUGCACUCAGAUAUGGCGAACGGAAAUAAUUCAGGCGCGUCUGGCAGCGGGAUCCCGGGUACGCCUAACUAUCCAGUGGGCGAGGGCUCAGUCCCCAGGUCAACACUACUGGCGACACCACUACGGCAGACUAUGUACAGCUCUCCGGCGAUUGCGUCAUCCGCCGCUGGGCCAGGCAACUGGGCGUACCACAUGUCAGCCGAAGAGACACCGUUGGCGGCCAUCGUCAGCGCUGAAGCCGAGGCCGAAGCUGAAGCGAGCGCCGCGUCCAACGAUAUGCGCAUCAAACACGAUCGCACUCUUCUGAUGAACAUCUUUACGACGGACGAUCAAGGGCACAUUCCCGAAUGGCUAUCGCGUGGCGCGUCCGAAGUCGAUGUCGACCUGGUCAUCGAUGAUCAGGGCCACACUGCUGUGCACUGGGCGGCGGCGCUGGCGCGCAUCCAUGUGUUGGACCUGCUCCUAUUCCAGGGCGCCGACGCGCGGAAGCUCAAUUUUGAGGGGGAGUCGGCGCUGGUGCGCGCUGUGCAGGUCACCAACAGCUACGAGACUCAGACCUUCCCGGACCUGCUCGAGCUGCUCCACGACACGAUACCGUUGACCGACAAGAACAACCGCACGGUGCUGCACCACAUUGCGAUGGCUGCAGGCACUGAAGGUCGCGAGAAGGCCGCUAGAUAUUAUGCUGACUGCUUGCUGUCGUGGAUUGUCCGCCUUGCAGGCGGGUACCAGGUGGACAGUGACGAUGUAUCUCUGGACGAGGGCGACCAUAUCGGCUCUGCAUUGAUAGGUGCAAGCACCAGCACUGGCCUUGGCAACGCGGUGGCUCAAAAUAGUGCCAUCGUUGCACCCAAGACAGCGGCGCCCCUGACCAGCGUCAUGAAUGGAGUCAACCUGCACUUGCCAACCCCCACACAGAGCAGCAGCCCAAACUGCCGUCGCAAUGCAUUUACAAAAUCAGUAUAUGACGAGACAACCUCGCAUCCAGCAGCGGUGCCACAAAUGGGCGCUGUCGACUGCCAGAUUCUGACAACUGGCAACUCGGCAGGCCUGGCUACCAGUACAACUAUGACUGGAGAGAGCAGCACAAAUGCCGAUUUUGCAGCCUUCCUCAACUUGCAGGACGUGCACGGGAAUACAGCACUGAACAUUGCCGCGCGCAUCGGCGAUCGCGCAAUGGUGCGCAUGCUGUUCAAUGCGGGCGCCUCGGACACCAUUUGCAACCGCGUAGGGCUCUGUCCGCUGGACUUUGGCGUCAGCCGUAUCGCUGAAGAUGCCUUCGACUCUUGCGACGGACGCACAAUAGUUAUUGAAUCGCCGACGCCCACCCGCCCCACCCGCUGUCCACCCACCAACGGCUCGUCUACACGUCAUUCUCGAGGGGCCAUAUCAUCGCCGAUGUGUGAAGAUGUGUGGGCGGCAGGCGUGUCUGAGCACCGCAUGCACCAGUCAAUGCAAUCGAUCCAGCGGCUGAUGACCGAUCUGGAGACCAAUUUUGCCGGCGAGAUACGUCUCAAGAACGCGCACUUUGAAGACGUGAAACAGCAGCUGCUAGCGACGACCGUCGAGCUGUCCAAGGCGCGCGAGACCAUCCACCGGUUGCACGCAAAGACCACGCGGCUCACAGAGAUCAAGGACCGCGUCGGGUAUCUCGAAGAGACGCUGGCGCGCGAGACGUGUGCCGUGCGCGAAGCCAUUGGCGCUCUGCCGCCAGACUCGAAGCCGCGCCAGGAUCUCGAAGAGUUGAUUGAUUCGCUGUUGGACUCACCCCUCGUCAAACCAUCAGACACCGAUUCCGCUUUGCCUGCCGUGCCCAGCCUAUCUCUAGGCGACACCAUGGCAAUCAGCUCGGAGACAGCUCCUGAAAAUUGGAAGGCCGUUGUUGAGCGCCUACUCGUCGUUAACAAGGUGUAUGCUCGGAGGGACGCCCUGUUGCGCGACCGUGUCAGUAACCUGUGCCGCCGCGCCGAUGUUUCUGAGCGCGAGAGCCAGUACCGCCAGCUUAUCGCCUGGUGCUGCGACAUUACGGAAGCCGACGUUGAUAUUUGGAUCGACCGCUUUGUCUCCGCCGUCGAGUCCACGGACUCUGUGCAGGCCGAUUUCACUGGUGCUAGCCAUGGCGAUAGUAACGGCGACGAUGACGAUGACGAGCCACUGCUGCUUGCAGCUGGCCCUGCGUUGAACGGUCGUCGGCCCGCCCUGCCGUCUGCCGCCCAUGCGCGCACAACUUUGUAGUUUGUGAGCCGCAUUGGCGCGGCUGCACACAAUAAUAUCUCAGUAUCGUUCACUUUGUUUCUUAUGUUUUUUAUUUUGUUGUUUUUAGCAACCAAUUUUUAGCAUCGUCGCCAUAAUCAAUCAUCAUCAGCUGCGCGUCAGCAUCAGCAACGUCGGCAUUGGCAUUGGUGUUGGUGUGCGUUUUGUCGAAACAGUCGUUGUAUCAUUUUUGCGUGGCUGAUUUGCAGAUUGGCGGCGGGGAGGAAGAAAGAGUGGGGGAGUGGCGAGCAAACGAGAAAUUAAAAAGUGAUUUUUUAUACUUGAGCGCCUCUUCCCCCUUUCAUCA